CUUAUCUCUCGAGAUGAACGUCUGUUUGUCUCAUACAGCAGUGUCAGUGUAACUGCUCACCACCAAUAUCAUGUUGAAAUUCGUGUGUUUGUUUCUUGGCAUUGCUUCCACCCACGCCUUCCAUGCAAAGAAGGCGUAUACGUGUGGAAGCAAUGAUCACUUCACACAGGACAAUGGCGAAGUGGCCAGUCACAGUGGCUUUGAUGCAGGACGUAACUACGGUAAAAACCAAAACUGCAUCUGGAGAAUCGAAGCUCCAGUGGGCAUGAAUGUUGAGCUUGUUGCCAAGUCCUUCAACGUGGAGGACACUCCCGGAUGCGCCUCUGAUUAUCUGGAGAUUUUUGAUGGAAAAACUACAAGUUCACCAAGUCUUGGUAAAUACUGUGGUCAUACAUUCGACCCAAUCUCAUCUACCCAGCGGUACCUUACCAUGCAGUUCGUUACUGACAUCAGUACCCAGCUUCUAGGAUUCAAAAUAUUCUACAACUUUACCACUCAAGCCAAUCAUUCCUGUGGUCAUACUCAGUUUGAAUGUGCCAACGGCAAAUGUAUCUCCAGUGCGUACAGAUGUGAUAAUGAUGAUGAUUGUGGUGAUAACAGUGAUGAACAAAACUGUCAAGGAACGAAUACUGGCUGUCCUGGAGAUGAGUGGCGAUGUCCGAACCGUAAAUGCAUAUCACGUGACUGGCUUUGCGACGGCGACGAUGACUGCGGAGAUAAUACAGAUGAAUUGCCAUCCGACUGUUUAAAAAUUGCAUCUCAACAAAGAUGUGGAAACCUAAAUAUAACUGGAUCUGCAGGCACAAUCACCAGUCCAGGCUAUCCUUCCACGUACCCAAGAGAUGUUUACUGUACCAACUUUGUACAGGCACCUACAGGAACAAAGACGCUUGCGUUUAAAUUUGAUGAUCAUUUUCACAUAGAGCCUGAUACUACGUGUCAUUACGACUUCGUGAAAAUCACCGGUGACACAAUAGCAUCCUCGCACGGUCCAUUCUGUGGAAACGUAGCUCCAGGACAGUUCACAGUGUCUGGAGAUCAUGCCUACGUGAUCUUCAGCUCAGAUGUCACGAACGAGUAUUCAGGUUUCAGAUUGAACUGGACAGCUAUGCAGUGAUUACAGUCGUAGAAAAUAUUGUUAGAACAGUAAUGAUUCCUAAAAAAGAACUUUCAGUUUAUGUGUAUUUUCUUAGUCUUAUAAAUCACAUGGA